UCGACAAGUAGUGCGCGCGUCUCGCACCAAUCGCAUUCGAUAUUCAAUCCCGCAUUGUUUGUUUUUGCGUUUUGAAUUCGUUUUGAAAAUAUUUCACGUUCAAGUGUUUUUCGAUUUUUAAUUAGCGAUUGAGUUUCAGUUUUUUUUUUCGAAUUGGUUUUCAUUGAAAUUCGUCCUUCCAUCCGGAAGGAAAGAGAACAUUUUCAGAGAAUAUUAAAAAAGAAUAGACAGAGGACAAAUUUUACAAUGGCAAUGUGGAUUAAAGUGAUUUUAAUCGCCGUGUUGGCGAUUGUCGGCCUCCAGGCUCAAGGAGCCGAUCGUGACAUGAUGCGCAACGCCAUGGAACAUUUGCUGCAAAUCCGGCCGCCGUCCGUCCCAUCGGGACGCAGCAAACGGCAAGACUACGGCGAUGCAGACACGUCCGCUUCAUCGCCUCACCUCUACAUGAUGGAACUCUACAAGAAAUACCUGACGUCCGACUCGAUGAAAACGAGGAGUAACACCAUCCGGAGUAUCAUUCCUACCAGAGGUCAAGUUGGAGGUGAAGAAAUGUUGCUGUUUAAUUUGAGCGGAUUGACCCGAAGUGAAGAGAUCGGCUCUGUUGAAUUGCAUUUCUACAAACGACGAGCUUUCGGCCGGAAGAAGAUGAACAGCAAAGCGCAUCAUCAUCACCACUUGCAGGGUUUCUCGCUGGAUCCAUCCGUCGUCGGAUCGCCCGUCCGCCAAAUAGGCAAGUGGCAAGUGGCUCUGGAGAAACGCGGAUGGCAAGUCUACGACGUCAGCGUCGCCGUCCAUUCCGUGUCGCGACAAGAGUCGUCAUCGGCCGAGCAAAUCGGCUUCAUGUUCCAGGGCGUCAAACGGUCGUCGGGCAUCUACGAGAACCUGCCGCUGGACUCUGUCCUGCGCAUGGAGCCGUCGCCGUUCCUGGUGGUCUUUUCUAACGAGCGCUCCAACGCCACUCUGGAAGAGACGGGCCUAGCCUCUCAGCGCGACCUCAACGCCUUGCCCGACCAUCAGCAUGUCCAGCAGGCUGGGACAAGGCGGGACGCCAGCGAGGCUCGUCAGCGUCGCUCGAUCGACGAUAACGAACUGCCCGAAGCCGACCAUUACCUGAACAGCAAUAUCAUCCCUCAAACGAGUCCGGGCAUGUUGCAAGCUCGCUCAUCAUCGUCGCGUCAGGCGGCCGGCGGCGGGCCAGGUAGUCGCAAGAUAAGUGGUGAGGCCGGCGGCAGUUCGAGUAGUAGUAGUAGUAGCAGUCAUAGUAAGAGCAGCACUCUACCUUAUCCAAAGUCUCAUUCAUCGGCGGGAGUGGCCGGGGCCACCUUGGCUUGGCCGGAAGAUAAGAGGAAAAGGACGGGCAGCAGCAGCGGCGGCAACAGCCGGAAGGGAAAGCGACGUAACCGCAAGUUGCCAGAAACCUGGCAUUACAAUCAACAGCAACACGUCAACGAUGCACGACUGGACGUGCCGGAAGAUGCGGGACGUUCGCUUUGUCAGCGGAGGAAAUUGACGGUGGACUUUAACGAGAUUGGUUGGGGCGAAUGGAUCAUCUCGCCCAAGACAUUCGAGGCCCAGUACUGCGCCGGAAGGUGUCCCUUCCCUCUGACCAAGGAGUUGAAUCCAACGAAUCACGCCACCAUCCAGAGUAUCGUGCACGCUAUCGGCGGUCACCCGGAGGUGCCGGCGCCCUGUUGUGUCCCCGACGUUCUCUCAUCGCUGACGCUCCUCUACUUUGACGACAACCGCAACGUCGUCCUGAAAAACUAUCCCAGCAUGACUGCAGAGAGCUGCGCCUGUCGGUGAAUUGUUUGAACGUGUAGUUCUCAACGAUUGUACACGUCCAAAAGUGGAAUUUGAAAAAAAAAAAAAAAAGCCCCACAUUCCCCCGUUUCAUCCUGCGAAGAGCCGCCAUUGUUGUACAGUGAGAGAGAGAGACAAUCCAGUGAAAAUCGAUUUCAUUUUGUUUUUAAAAAUUGCCAUUAUUUCAUCCGCGUUGAAAUUUGCAUGUUCUUCCCCCCCCCCUCACCAUUUUUUUUUUUUAAAUUGCUGAAGUAUAAUAAUUAAUCACAAUAAUAACAACAAAUAAUAAUAAUAAUAAUAAACUACAUUUGAUGUCGAAAUAUUCAACAGAAUGCGAAGACUCGAGGGUAUCGAUUCCGUUACGGGUUUUGGAAUGAUUCAAAUUCUUUGAAUGCCAACAUGGCGUAUCCGCAAACAAUGUUUAUUAGAGUUUAAAAAUAGCAAAAGGUCAGCUUUUUUGUUUAAAUGAAUGUCCCAUAUUUCGGACGUGAAAACGUUAAAUUAUAAUUCAAGGCUUAUCCUUAUUUGACCUUGUCCUUUAAACAUAGCAGUCCCGGCUUGCACGUUUUUUUUUCGAUUUCACGAAUCGAUUUCGUUUCGCACGAAAUCCGUUUGUUGACGUACGAAUUUGGGAAAAGAUAAUAUUUGGUAUAAGAUGGACGCAAAAAAAAAAUAAAAAUAAAAAAUAAAAGAAGAAAAAGCUAAACUAAUUUCGUUUGUUGUUCGUCUGUUUGUGUUGUUUGUUGUAAUCACCGUUUAUGUGGCCAAACUGGUGCGCUCGAGGGAUUUUUUCCUUGUUGAUUCAUUUGUUCUUUUUCCUCAUCAUAUUAUUAUAGUAGCAUCGCCAUCUUUCCUAUUAUAUCUAACCCUAUUCUAUCAUAUAGCAACAAAUGUUAUUGGACGUGUUCUUCAUCUUUAUUAUUAUUAUUUUUUUUUUCGCCUCUUGUUUAUGUUUCUCUCGUAACUGGCUGUUCUAUGAUUGCAGUUGGCAGCCCGUGUGCGAUGGUUAUGUCCUAGUCAUCAUAUUUCCUCGUGUUUUUCAUUUUUUUUUUCCCCUUUGCCCUGAUUUCAUUUCUCGAAUUUUCUUCUGCCACGUUUGAAUCUUUUUUUUUUUUUCUUCUCCCUUCAAGUUUAUUAUUAUUAUCUCUGUCUGCUGUCUCGUGUUUCUCUCUCUUUUUUUUUUCUUUUAGAAUUUUUCAAACAACAAAUAUUAAGCCAUGUUCUCUUCUUUCCGUUUGAAAACAAUUUUAAUUCACAUGUUCUAACGAUUUAUCCACAACCGACGUUAUUUUUUUUUUUUCUAAUAAUUUUUCUCUACCCCCUCGUUUUUUAAAUUUUGUUCCAUCGCCAAUCUUCCCUGCAUCACUCACUGUAUUACAAUAAAAACUCUCACUCGUCCCUCACACACAUACAUACGUUAUUCCUUUUAAAAAAAAGAAAGAAACCCACU